AUGUCACAAACAACUCCCCCAAGCAAAGCCGUCUACAUCAUCAAUGUGCGAUGGACGCCAGGCUAUGCGGUGAUGCCUCCAAGUCCAAUGGAAAGCUGGCAAGCGUUGGCUGAUAGGGCAAACAGUGUUCGUCUCCGUUUGCGAUUAGCUGGAGGGGGUUUCGUUCACUAUUCCAUGGCCAUUCUGAAGAGCACAGAGACUGCAGUCCGUGUCCAGCAAAUGAUAAUGCAAAGCGAAAACAGCACUAUGGAAAAUCAUUCAAGAGUUGGUGAAUUCCUUCUGCUUGGAUUCCCUGACACCGAUCAGCUAAGAAUGGUUCAUAUCAUCACUUUUCUAGUAAUUUAUUUGGUGGCACUCGCUGAAAAUCUCACUAUUAUUACUGUCAUUCUUUACAGCCAUCAACUUCGCUCACCCAUGUAUUUUUUUCUAGCCAACCUAUCUUUCCAAGAUCUUGGCUCAAUUUCUGUCACAAUUCCUAAAUCUCUAUUGAAUUCUUUAAUGAACACUGAAACUAUUUCUUACUCUGGGUGUCUCUGUCAAGUUUUCUUCUUUGUUUUCUUUGUAAUGUCUCAUCUUUUCCUCCUCGGUGUCAUGUCAUAUGAUCGUUAUGUAGCCAUCUGCAACCCACUACAUUAUGAGAUGGCAAUGAACAAAAAAGUCUGCGUCCAAAUGGCAACCAAUGCAUGGAUGGUUGGCCUUUUCUACUCUAUACUCUACACUGGAAAUUUAUUUACAGUGGAAUUCUGUUCCAGAAUUAUCAAUCAAUUCUUCUGUGACAUUCCUCAAUUACUCCAAAUCUCCUGCUCGGAUUCAUACUUCAUUGAAUUCUGGACUCUCAUCUUUGGUUCUUGUUUAGGAUUCAUUCAAUUUGCUCUCAUUGCUUUUUCUUAUGUUCAGAUCUUCAGAGCAGUUUUUAGAAUCCCAUCCUCUCAAGGCAAACAAAAGGCCUUCUCUACUUGCUUACCCCAUCUCAUAGUGAUGUGUUUGUUUACGGUAGGUGGUAUGCUUGCUUAUUUCAGUCCAAUAUCUACCACUCCUUCAGCCUUAUAUCCAUUUAUAUCUGUAUUUUACUGUGUUGUACCGCCACUGUUAAAUCCACUAGUUUAUAGCAUGAGGAAUAAGGAACUCAAAAUGGCAUUCUGGAAACAAAUUCUCAAUAUGUAUCCCAAUUCCUUGUGCAAAAAUCAUUUUUAG